AGAGCCUCCGGGUCGGGGCGGCGGCGGUUCGGCUCCAUUUGAGCCGCCUGCUUGCCCCGUGCCCCAUACCGCCGCCACGGGCGGGGAACAGGCCCGGCGCGAUUGGGUGGGCCUGGGAGCGGAGUUGCAGAAUCCAAGGACCCCUUUUGUUCUUUCUCCAUAUUGCUUAAUGGGAGGCAUUAUGGCCCCCAAAGACAUAAUGACAAAUACUCAUGCUAAAUCCAUCCUCAAUUCAAUGAACUCCCUCCGGAAGAGCAAUACCCUCUGUGACGUGACAUUGAGAGUAGAGCAAAAAGACUUUCCUGCCCACCGGAUUGUGCUGGCUGCCUGCAGUGAUUACUUUUGUGCUAUGUUCACUAGUGAGCUUUCUGAGAAGGGGAAACCUUAUGUUGAUAUCCAAGGUUUAACUGCUUCUACCAUGGAAAUCCUGUUGGACUUUGUGUAUACAGAAACGGUACAUGUGACAGUGGAGAAUGUACAAGAACUGCUCCCUGCAGCCUGUCUGCUUCAACUGAAAGGUGUGAAGCAAGCCUGCUGUGAGUUCUUACAAAGUCAGUUGGACCCUUCUAAUUGCCUGGGUAUCAGGGACUUUGCUGAAACUCACAAUUGUGUGGACCUGAUGCAAGCAGCUGAGGUCUUUAGCCAGAAGCAUUUCCCUGAAGUAGUACAGCAUGAAGAGUUCAUUCUUCUAAGUCAAGGAGAGGUGGAAAAGCUGAUCAAGUGUGAUGAAAUUCAGGUGGAUUCUGAAGAGCCAGUCUUUGAGGCUGUCAUCAAUUGGGUGAAGCAUUCCAAGAAGGAGCGAGAAGAAUCUUUGCCUGACCUGCUACAGUAUGUCAGGAUGCCUCUGCUGACCCCUAGGUACAUCACGGAUGUCAUCGAUGCUGAGCCUUUCAUCCGCUGUAGUUUACAGUGCAGGGACCUAGUUGAUGAAGCAAAGAAGUUUCAUCUGAGGCCUGAACUACGGAGUCAGAUGCAGGGCCCAAGGACAAGGGCUCGUUUAGGAGCCAAUGAAGUGCUUUUGGUGGUUGGAGGCUUUGGAAGCCAGCAGUCUCCCAUUGAUGUGGUAGAGAAAUAUGACCCCAAGACUCAGGAGUGGAGCUUUUUGCCAAGCAUUACUCGUAAGAGACGUUAUGUGGCCUCGGUCUCCCUACAUGACCGCAUCUAUGUAAUUGGUGGUUAUGAUGGUCGUUCCCGCCUCAGUUCAGUGGAGUGUCUAGACUACACAGCAGAUGAGGAUGGGGUCUGGUAUUCUGUGGCUCCUAUGAAUGUUCGAAGAGGCCUUGCUGGAGCUACCACCCUGGGAGAUAUGAUCUAUGUCUCUGGAGGCUUUGAUGGAAGCAGGCGUCAUACCAGUAUGGAACGAUACGACCCAAACAUUGAUCAGUGGAGCAUGCUGGGAGAUAUGCAGACAGCCCGGGAAGGCGCCGGACUAGUGGUGGCCAGUGGAGUGAUCUACUGUCUUGGAGGAUAUGACGGCUUGAAUAUCUUAAAUUCAGUUGAGAAAUAUGAUCCUCAUACAGGACACUGGACUAACGUUACACCAAUGGCCACCAAACGCUCUGGUGCAGGAGUAGCGCUGCUGAAUGACCAUAUUUAUGUGGUGGGGGGAUUUGAUGGCACAGCCCACCUGUCUUCCGUUGAAGCCUACAACAUUCGUACUGAUUCCUGGACGACUGUUACUAGUAUGACCACCCCCCGAUGCUAUGUAGGGGCUACAGUGCUGCGGGGCAGACUCUAUGCAAUUGCAGGAUAUGAUGGGAAUUCCCUGCUGAGUAGCAUUGAGUGCUAUGAUCCUAUCAUCGAUAGUUGGGAAGUCGUGACAUCUAUGGGCACUCAGCGCUGUGAUGCGGGUGUGUGUGUUCUUCGAGAGAAGUGACCAUUGUGGGAGCAUCAUCCAGAGCUAGUGACCAGUCUAAGGGACAGUUGUGGAGAGAAUCAAGGAUCCUUUCCAGAAUGUCUAUUUCUCACUGUGUGCAAAGGGUGAUUACAGGCACCAGUGCGGUGAUGAUUGUACUUAUUUGACAC